AUGUUUUUGCCCACAUACUUUGCACGCACAGCAGCACGAUCAGUCACGCUGGCUCGCUUUGCUUCAACAUCAGCGCGGCGUGUUGCUCCGCCACCUCGGGACAAUAUUGCGACGCCAAAGGCAUUUCUAGAAGCAAUCUCCAAGCCACGUCGCGACUUGGCGAAUAAUUCUACAUGUGUCUCUGCCGUCGGGGAAGACUGGGACGCGAUGUUUGCGUUGAACUCGGAGAAAUUAAAAGGCGCAGGUGUUCCUGUGAAGGACCGUAAAUACAUUUUAUGGUCGCUCGAAAAAUACCGCCAAGGCGAGCGUCCAGCUGAUUUUGCGUAUGAUGUCAAGAAGCCAAAGAAGGUGCGUGGCUGGGGCCCUCGUGUGCAGAAAGGAAUCCGUGUGCGAGGUAUGCUUCGCCAUGGCGAGAAGAAGCUUUGA